UUCUUAAACCGUUCUCUGCGUGAUCAAUUUAUAUGCGGAAUUCGUAAUUCAGCUACUCGGAAAAAGUUACUAAAUGAAGACCGUACUUUUCAAGAUGUGCUAAAAGUGGCCAUAGCUGAUGAAGUUGCUAGUAAGGAGACUUUAGCAUUUCAAAACAAUACGAAACCAGUGAACGAAUCUGUGCAUACUGUGCAUGGUAGAAAUCAAAUUCCUGAUAAGUUUUCAAAUAGCAGGAAUACAUCAAAUUCCAAUAACCUAAGACCACCAUUGCCUACCGCCCAGAAAUUUUCAUAUGCCUGUUAUUCCUGUGGAGGUACUGAACAUUCUCGGGCCCAGUGUAGAUUUAGAAAUGUUGUAUGCAGCCGAUGUAAGCGGAUUGGUCACAUUGCUCGUGUUUGCAAGAGAGGUAACAUGCAAAAUAACUUUGUUGAACAGAAACUGAGUUCAGAUGAUGUGUUUCUUGAGGAAGAAUUAUUUACGGUUUUUGAUGUUAACUCCCUAUACAAAUCAGAAAUUUCCGUACCCUUGAAAAUUGAGAAUCAAGAGUGUUCCUUACAAUUAGAUACUGGUUGUGCAUUGUCCUUGGCCCCCCAAACCUUCUAUGAGCAAUUUUGUUCCCAUAUCCCUUUAAAACCUACUGCAGUGAGAUUAUCUACCUAUACCGGUGAAAAGAUUCAACCUUUGGGACAAAUCAAUGUUAAUGUUACUUAUGCUGGAACUAAGCACUCUCUUCCAUUACUGGUAGUACCACAGGGCUCUGGUCUGAAAAUUCGAACAGAUAUGGAAACACCUCGGGUACUAGUAGCAACGAUUCUGUAG